AUGAGCUGACAGUUUUGUCUGCGUUGCCAAGGGAUUGUUGCCAUGCUAACCGGUGACUCGUGCCCGGCAGCUGUUGGAAAGAGAACGGAUUUUGAACGCAGCAUUCGAGCGGCAACCAAAGUGGGAGGCAGCCGGAAGGGUGGUCGCUGAGAAAGUGAGGCAGCGGAUGGUGCAGCAAGGUCGCCAUGCACAGGAAGUGCUAAACAAAAAUGAGUGAAGAGAAUAGCGUUACUUCACAAGUUGAAGAAUAUGAAGAUGACUUUGAGAAAGACCUUGAUUGGCUAAUCAACGAAGAAACAAAAAGUAGUGAUGAAGAUCCAGAGGUUUAUGAAGAAAGUGAAGACAUUGACGCCAAAAUUAACAAAGAGCUGGAUGAUGAAGAAAUAAAAGAGAAAAAUUCCAUAGAUGAGGAACAAUCUGCAAGCUCUGUAGAAAAACUUUGUGAGCUGAAUAAAGAUUUAAUAAACCAUGCUGAGGUCACUAGAGGAGAAGAAAAUGUUGUUGUCAAUAACCCUGAUCCUAUAUCAGAUUCAGAUAGUGAAGGUUCAUUUCAUAAAUUGAAACUCGAGGAUCAGCAAGAAGGAGAAGAGCAAACAGAGGAAGUAAAACGCUACAUAAUGGAAAAGAUUGAGCAAGCCAACAAGAAGUUGCAGGAUGAAGAUCCCAUAGAUAAAAAUCGAGAACGCAGAUUGAAGUUCAAAGACAAUUUAGUUGACUUGGAGGUUCCCCCUAUGCAUUUACCUGAGACAGAAAAGGAUAAUGGAGAGGUCACAGGUCAGAUGUCUGAAAUGUGCAUUUCAAGCGAUGUUCAAAAAGUCAAUGCUAAUACAGGAAAUACAGGUGAUGAAGACAAAAUCAAAGACAAAAAAGUGUUAAUGGAAAAAGAUGGAAAAUUUGAACUAGUGAGUUUACAGGAUUUUGGGAAUCAAGGUUUAUUACCUCAGAUUGCUGUUGCAUUCAGUGAAAAUGAGUGUAAACAAUCUCAUUGCUUCAAUUCAGAUAAUCCUAAAGGAAACAACCUUACCAGCAGUCAGAUCAGUUUAUCUCCAAAUGAAAAUUUUCAUAUCCCAAAACCACCAGAUGAACCAAAGGAUCGAGCAACUUCUGCAGCUAAUUUACAGAAGAAUGGAGCUCAAAAGAUCCUACCUCGAAGGGUCCAAUCUGCAAUAAUGUCUCCCAAACUGUCUACCCACCUGAACACCUCAGAACAAAAGGAGUUUAAUUGGCGAACCCAAAAGAAAGAUCAGCUUAAGACUGAGAUAGGGGCAAAAAAAAUUGAAGAAGAAAUGCGGAAGAAAGAGGAGAACAAGAUGGCUUUCGGGAUCUGGCUUCAAAGGAAGAAGCAACAGCGCCAAGAAGAAAGAAGAAUUCAAUGUGCGAAGGAACUAGAAAGAAAGAAUAAUAAGGAACAUCGAGACCCAAAUGAAGCCUUCAAUCUCUGGCUAAAGAAAAAACGGGAGCAGCAAAUUAAAGAGCAGCAAAUAGAAGCCAUGAGAAAAAGGGAACAAGAUUACAACUCAAAAGUUCACACAAGGGAAGAUUCUGAAAAAGCCUUUAAGCAGUGGCUAAAACGAAAGAAAGCUGAGAAACGGGCAGAGCAAUUGGCUGCAAAGGAGCGAUGCAGGAAAUUUCUGAUGGAAGCUAGAAGAGUUAAAAGAAUGCAAACUUUACUGUGCACCCUUAGUGAAUCCAAAUCAUUUCAGUUUGACAAUUAUGGUUACAGGUUCUAGAAAAUCAUGGUCAUGAAUUUUCUCGUUACAUUUUGAAUGCCUCAUUGCAGAGUUCAAAUGAGCAAAAAUCUGCCAAUGGUUUGCAAACCAGACUGUCAGUAGUAUGAAUACAUCUGAAAAAAAUUUCAACAACACUAUCUUUAAUGUGUAAUUUUUAACAAGCUCAUACAUCAGUGCUAACGUUUCAAAACCUUCUGAACAUUCCACGACACAUGAUUAGAUCGGAAUAAAUUAUCUGCACAGUCUGUAAGUUGUUAAUGUUUUUUCUAUGCCCGUUAAAAGAUUCUUUUAAGCAUUUAUGUUCUUUUUAUUUUAAUAGGAUAGAGUAAACCAGUGUUAAGUAAUAUUGACACUUCCCACAAGUCAUUGACAGUUAUUAAAAAUAAACAAAUGAUUGGUCUUGUUGCAAUGAAUGGUGUAGUUCUGUAUGUGCAAGCAGUGAGUUAAUUUUUACCUACUCAUGUGAGCUAAACCUUUUAAACUUGGGGAUAUAUUUUUUGACUAUCAAUCAAUUAUAUCUACAGCUCAUUUUACAAAUACAUUUAUAAGUUCCUCUCCCCUUUGAAUUUUUGCAUUUGUUUUAGGUAAAAAAAGGGUGAUACUCAACUCUGUUUUCUGGUAAUGCCAGUGUAAGGAACUGUUAGUUGACAGUAUUUAGAAGUACCCUAUUGAUUUGCUGCUUUCCAUUUAGAAAUUUCCUAACUUGCAUUCAGUUCUUCCCACAAUAGCCUUGCUGAAAUCAGGAGUUUGUCUUGCAGAAUCCACUUCAUAGGCACACAUACCAAUGUGUUUCCCCUUCCUCAGUUGUGUGUAGUUUCUUUGGGGUUUCUGCUCUUCUGAUAUAAUUUUGAGUGAAACUUUAUUUCUAUCAAGAUUACACUAGUAAGGUGUAGAAGCCUUGAGGAAGUUCCUAGAAUAAUGAUUUUUUUCUCUCAGUACCUGUCUUCAGAGCUAUUUACCAAUAAGUCUGCCUCUUGAAUGUUGUAGAAUUCUUUCAAUUUCUUUGAACAGUGGGUUAUAAUUGACUCAGUUGUACCAUAUUUCAUUUAGAUUCUAAAUAGACAAAAUUUUAACAGUAGAAGACUAACCAUUAUGAGAAUAAUGCCCGGUGUAAUUUACAGCUUUGCGGUAGUACUGAAAGCUGUUCAAAAACAACAUUUAUAACAAGCGUGGAAUUUGACUGUUCACUUAAAGUUUCUGUCAAAGAGGAAUUAAUGAUGUUUGGCCAGGGUUAAUGAUAUGUCAGUGUUAUCGCACUGCUACUGUAUCGACAUAAAAUUCUGCAUAAAUGUUGUGGGUAAAUGUCAUGACUUUAGAAGGAAAAUAUGUAUCUUGUGGUCAUAAAAAUGUUUUCCAAAGAUUCAACCAAUGUUUGAUAUUCAUAAAUAGUGCACAAAGCUUUGUUAUAAAAGAGUUGUGAUUGUGUCAUAUAAUGUCAUCCAUCCAAUGUGAUAUUUAAUUU